AGCACGCCUUCAAUCAGUUUCUACUGAAACAUACCCAUAAAUAUUAGCCCUUGAGUCAACCCAACGAAUUCCAUAAAUCUAGACCACUGAGUUUUUAUAGGAUCUCUUUAAUUUGAAUCUCACAAGUAUCUAUAUACAUCAACAAAUGUUCUGUGCUCAGGAUCAUCUCACAAAUCUAUAGCAGUGAUUUGUUCUGGUCACUUCAACCUCAGCCUCGCCUGAAAGGAAUCCUCUCUCCUUUUCCCUUGAUUUGAAUUUCCUAUGUUCCUUUCACUUUGGAAAUUUCUGAUGAUCAAGAAGGGGAGUCAGUCCAGAGUCAUAGUCUAGCUGUUUCAAUGUCAUAUUCAAGGGGAAACUCCCUUGGUGACAGUUAGUUGAUUAUUGGGUUAAUGUUUGUGGACAGAUAAGAAGAACGAGAAUCAAUAUUGAGAAUGGGUAAAGGGAGAAAGGAAGAAAAGAAGGAGAGAGAGGAAUGCAUGUUGAAGAAUGGAGGCCUAUUAUUAGAGAAGCGAAUUUCCUAUUUUGGUGGGAGGUAUUCCAAUCCAAUUUAUAACUUCUCUAUCCAAGAAAUUCAAAGAGCAACAGACAAUUUCAAUGGAAAUUUAAUCUUCAAUGAUGAUGUGAGCAGUUUUUACAAAUGGUACAAAGGUUCUUUGGAAGGUCGAGUCAUUUGUAUUAGGAAAAAUUUUCGCAGUAGUUUUGCAGAAAAUCCUCAAAUUGCCACAAAUGAAAUUGCUGUUGCAACACAAAUGAGCAGCCACAAGAAUGUCUUGAAGCUACUAGGAUGUUGCUUAGAGACACGAGUACCUAUUCUGGUUUAUGAAUUCUCAUCUUGUGAACCCCUUGCAGAGAAAAUAUUUGAAUGCUAUGGGCCUUUCCCAUUGAAGAGUAGGCUUAAGAUUGCAUACGAGAUUGCUAGUGUAAUUGCAUAUCUUCAUACUGCUUUUCCUAGGCCCAUCAUUCAUAGGGAUAUAAAACCUCAUCAUUUCUUUUUGGACAAUGGUUCUACUCCCAAACUAUCCAAUUUCGAACUUUCUAUUGCCCUUCCAGAAGGUGCAACGCAUGUGGAUGGUGAUCUAUGUGGGACUUUGUGGUACAUGGCACCUGAGGCUUUUCUCUCAGGCAUGUUCACAGAAAAGACAGAUGUUUUUAGUUUUGGUACACUUAUAUUGGAACUUCUCACUAGGCGAAGGGCUUCCAUUAUUGCGCAGAUGGAGGGAGUUAGUAUGCGGAAAUUUGUUGAAGAUCACAUAGAAAAUUAUGGCAUUAAUGACUUCUUGGAUCCGAUUAUUCUAGUAGAGGGAGGGGGAGUCCUUGAGCAGCAGCAAUUCCAAGCAAUGUACCAACUUGCUCUCAAAUGCACUGAGGAAUUUGCAGAAGAGAGGCCAACCAUAGUGGAUGCUGCAAAAGAAAUUAGACGAAUUCAGCGGUUUGUCAUAUAAACUUUCUUUUGCAACAAAUUAAGUAUAUAAUGAUUCAUGAUAAGUGAUUAAGCAUUGAUUAGUUUAGAACUUUGCUUAAACAUGACAAUUUGGUUUGCCACUUCCACAAAACGUGUGGACUCCUCUUAAUUGACAAUGGCUACUCUCCAGCUGAUGCAUCUUA